CUCUCCAUCCUCCAUCGCUUGGAGGACAAGAGUGCCCGCAGACGCAUUUCUCUCCAGAGCACCCCCCCCUCCUCCUCUCUCUCCCUCUUUCACUCUCUCUCACCCUGUCUAACUCUCUCCAUCUCUCUGCUUUACACACACACAGUAUUGUCAACAAAGCUGGAGAACAAGGGAGCAGGGGAAUAAAGGUCCACAGAAGAGGAGAGUAACACACAGGACCCCUGCAUCAUUUCACCUGGACACUUGGAGCGUGAGGACUGAAGGAGGGAGCGAGGAGCCAAAGGUGACAGUAAACAGGGGCGGAUACGCACAGGACAGCGCAGGACGUCUCGGCUUCUUUUCAUGGUGUUUUGGACACUCGUAGCAUGUAUGAGAAGUUAACCAUGCUGAACCUGCAGAGUGGCUCAAACUGGAGCGGGCCCAACAACUGGUACCAUGACCCCACUGGAGUUCAGACACAACACAGCACAGUGUCUGAGGGCUGUCUGCUGGACACCGAGGGGAGCAUGGGGGGAGAGGCAGGGGGUGGAGGAGCGGGCCGAGGGGGAGGAGUACCCGUGGAGCGGGACGAGGGCGAGGAGUCUCAGCUGAGGCUGCAGCUCAAGAGGAAGCUGCAGAGGAACAGGACCAGCUUCACACAGGAGCAGAUCGAGGCUCUGGAGAAAGAGUUUGAAAGGACACAUUACCCAGAUGUCUUUGCGAGGGAGAGAUUGGCGAACAAGAUCGAUUUGCCAGAGGCCAGGAUACAGGUGUGGUUCUCCAAUCGAAGAGCCAAGUGGAGGAGGGAGGAGAAGCUGCGCAACCAAAGGAGGUCAGGGGGCGUGACUUCCUGUUCGCAGAGUCAAGCUCCACUGACCACUUCCUUCAACACAUCUGUCUAUCAUCAGCAGCAUGGCAGUAGUUCAGGGUCCAUGUUGAGUCAGGCUGAGUCGUCCCUGCCCAGCUACAGCUCCCUGUCAGUUUUCUCAUCCGGAGUCCAGUCUAUUUCUCCGCAGUCGGCCUCGUCCUACUCCUGCAUGUUGCCUCCAUCCCCCUCUACCCCGCGCAGCUUUGACUCAUCGGCGUACUCCUCCCCUCAUCUGCAGACUCCGUCCUCAGCCAACUCCAACACUGGGCUCAUAUCGCCUGGUGUCUCAGUGCCGGUCCAGGUCCCAGGAAGUGAGCAGCAGAGCAUGAGUCAGAACCUGGGUCAGUACUGGGCCAGAUUACAAUGAGCAACAGACACUCACUUCCAACAGACAUAAGAGAAGAAGAAGAAGGAGAAAAAGGGCACGUAAAAAAAAAAAAAUGGGAAUAAAAUAAUUAUGGGGGACACACGAGGGAGCACAGGUCUGAGCUCGUGAGGGGUCUGGAUGAGUCGCAGACCCCCAAAUGCAUUAAAUGUUUACAAAUUCAGCCGAGAGCAGCUUUGGUUGCACUUGACAGGACUCUGGUAUUUGCUUAGUAUUAUCAGGUUGCACUUUUUGGGGGAUUAGUGUGUUAAUCAUGGUGGAAGUGUAUAUUUUUAGGAUUAGUUCUAUUUGAGAAAUAGAUUUGGACCCUUCAGAAGUCAAAAUAAAUUGGCUUUUACGAACUAUAACGACAAAAACAGAAGGGUGGAUACCUGCCUGAACCAUGAGGAAUGGAUAACCACUAAGAAAAGUCAGUGUUCUUACCAUAGAGGUGGCAGGAGACUGCUUCAAGGUUUGAAUUCUGGUAUGUUUCAACCUGGGUCCUAUGUUUUUAAAUGUGGGUGUGUAAAUUAAUGGUACUUAUAUAAACUUUUGAAAUGAGCACAGUAGAUCAUCUCUAACAGCAGCUAAGAAACAGCGUCUUUCCUGAGAGUCGGGCAACAUUACACAUGUCUCACCCUGUUUAUCAAAGACGGGAAAUCUUCUGUCACACUGCGCUGCGCAAUGCUUCAUCAACAUCAUCAGAAAAAGAUUCAGCCGUAAUAGUUUCUCUCCAACUCUCACCUCCACCUCCGUCCUCCUGCAACAACCCACAUCUCAGGAGACCUGACAGGGAAAAAAAGGACCUUUAGUUAGAAUUUGCUGGACUGUGGCAGUUGACCCAUAGGAUUACAUGGUAGAUACUGCCACCGUGUCGGGGGCUGCUAGUGGAGACGACCUUCGAGAUCGAUUCCAACAUGGAGCCCAGGUUGAAAAAUACCAGGAGUCCCCAGCAGGAGAAAUUUCUCCAAAGUUAAUUUUAUGAAAGUAAAUUUAAAAACAAGCUGUGAGUAGAACUGUAGCCUUGAACAUUGAAAUGAUCAACAUGUGACCAAUAAGUAUGGACCUAUCGUAAAGAAAGGAUUGAGUGGUACUAAGUAAAUGCCAGCAGAUGUAUGUAUUGUGAGGUGUAACCACAGUUUCUUGUUACUUGAGCAGCUCGAUGAUAUUGUGAUAACUUGCUUGUUCCCCCGAGCAUAAGCUAGUGUGAAGCUACUGUGAAGAUUUUAGACUUGCAUAAGGCAAUCACUUUUACUAAAACGUAUAAAAAAAAACUACCAUAAAAAAACAUCCUGCCUAUCCUGCCAGCAAAGUUACACUGAGACUCAAACUGCAUAUUUUUGUACAGACGUCUGUGUAUGAAGAAGAUUAACUGGACUGUCGUCAGAUGUUAUCAGAGGGAAGAAUGUAGCAUGUUGUGGACUCGAAUCAUCCUCCAAGCACAAGUUUCAUUUGUUGUGAUAAAAUAAUAGGGACGCACCAUAUCACUGUUGGAUUCAGAUGCUGUCUGAAACAUAGAAAUACUACAGAUCAUGUACAGGUUUAACAGAUUAUUACCAAAAACUACUCUUGUGUUUUUUCUUCUGUCAUAAAUAUGAGGAUGUUAGUUUUUUUUUUAAUUAGAGACAGUUUUUGGGCGUAGUAGUUAUCACGAAGCGUCCCCAGUAUUAGCACUAAGGAAACAUAUCCAUGAGCCAGUGACAAUCAAGCACCGUGACAAACAGACCUGAGAGACUGACAAUCAAAGCUGGAGGUAGAGGAGAUCAAAAUGUAAAAAGUAAUAACGACAAACUGUGAAAUCAUUGCCUCACUGUCCAUUAAAUAGCAAUGACUCUAUCAACUGUGCAUGACCAAAAUAAGCCGCUGUAGACAAUCAGCUACUCGCAGAAAGGAAUCAAGUAUUGUACAAAAAACUGUUACUGUCGUUUUGCAGGGUUUUUCUGCUCACUUUCCUCUGACUAUUGGUUUCGUUGAUGCAUCUCGGUUUGAUCUCGUAUGAAACGUCUUUCAACUCUUAUUUAUUUGUGUUCUCACUCGUUCACAUAAGUCCUUCCGUGUUGUUUCUGUUGUUGUCGCGUGUCGUGUUAGCACUGUAUAGCUACCAAGAGUCAACCCUUUUGUGAAGGCCUUGGAUCCCUUUAACGAAAAUAAAGCUGUGCGUAAUGAAAAUAAACCCGUAAAGGUC